AUAAAAUAUCUCCUCCUAAAGGCCCUUGGGUGAGCCAGUUUCAGGGACUAUACCAAGGAGAAGAGGCUCUCUAGAGAAGAUGGUGCAAUUCUACGAUAGAAUGAAUCUCAUGUAAGUCAAAUUGCAUUAAAAUAAUACCCAGACCAGUCUUGAAGAGGAAAAUUAAUUAAAAGGACAGAUACUUGUGAAAGGGAAAAGAAGUAUUCAUGGAUGUCAAAUCUAGAACAUGAGUUGCAGUCUGCUUGAUUCCCUCUACCACUUUUGCAGUCCAGAUUUCUAUGCUUUUCUCUGCUUAUUGAAUUUGAUAAACCUGUUAUCUCCCAAAGUGUUCCUAGCAGUGGGUGAGGAAGGCUAUCACAUAAUUCAUCUUCAUCUGGAAGGCAUGGGAAAUGGAAGCAGGUUUAACUUCAGUUCAACUGCUCCCAUUUUAUAAAUUCUUGGAACAAAGGACUUAUGAUGUGAUGACAUGGGAAUUGAAGUUUGCUCUUUUCAGUUUUGUCCCGGUGUCAAGAGAGCAUUCCUCAGUCAAUACAUACGUGCAUGCAUGCAUGCAUACAUACACAUUUCCUAGAAUUGUUAAAAAUAUUAUAUCUGUUGUAUUAAAUUUCCAAAAGUAGAAUUCAGACGGCAAGUUUCUCUUAAAAAGGGUGUAUUUAGGAACACUGCACUGAUCAUCAGGGGGAUUUCCCUCCUUCCUUUCUAUUAUCUGGGGCUUAGACGAAUCUUUGCCAAAUGCCUACAAAAUGUUCACAGAUUCUUUCAUGCAAUACAUUAGCUUUUUGCUAAACAUCUUAAAGGAUUUGCCUUUUCAAAAAAAAAAAUCCAUUGUACAAUCCACAGUAUUUCUAUUUCAAAACAACUCUGGCAUGUUUAAUCCAAGUUGAGCGGUAUAUAUCCACUUCAGGUUUGCAGCUCCAUCCUUCAGAAGCUCAAAGGCUACGGGAAGACAAGAGAGACGCCCUGAAGUCAAUCCAGGCACAAGCCAGCACAUGAUCGAGUCAAACACAUUCAAGGGUCAAGAAUUACCCUUCUGUCCAGAAGCAGUAAAGUGAAGUCCCAAGGAAAAGAUCCGAGGUCCCCGCACCCACCCAGUGAGGAGCCAGUCACUCCACCGGCAAGACCUCUUUAAGAAGCCCAGCUCAAGGCGGGGGCACAGCGCUCACGUGAUCCGGAGCAGCUUGCUAGUUUGCGGAAGUCGCUCUUCAGUCCAGUUGUCGGGAUGGUGCAGCUGUACAACCUGCACCCGUUCGGGUCGCAGCAGGUGGUCCCCUGCCAGUGGGAGCCAGAGCAGUUCUGCUGCGGCGGGCGGGACGCGUUGUUCGUGGCUUCGGGCUGCAAGGUGGAGGCUUUCGCCGUCCAGGGAGCAGAUCUGUGCCAGCCACGCUGUGUCUUCUCCACGCUGGGCAGAGUGCUGCGCAUGGCCUACAGUGAAGCCGGAGACUAUCUGGUAGCAAUUGAAGAGAAAAACAAAACUAUAUUCUUGCGUGCUUACAUGAACUGGAGGAGUAAGAGGACUGAAAAUUCCCGUGUGUGCAUUCGAAUGGUUGGGCACAAUGUGGAGGCACCCUUCUGUGAAAGCUUUAAAGACCAAAUGUCUAUAAUUGAAAUGCCAUUGUCUGAGGCUCCUUUAUGCAUUUCAUGUUGUCCUGUGAAGGGUGAUCUACUUGUUGGCUGCACAAAUCAGUUAGUCCUAUUUACUUUGAAGUACUGGAUCAUUAAUGAAGAAUUCUCAGUGUUGGACUUUGAACGUUCAUUAAUUAUACACAUAGAUAAUAUCACUCCGGUUGAAAUUUCUUUUUGUGUUGGGUAUGUUGCUGUCAUGUCUGAUUUAGAAGUCUUAAUCCUAAAACUGGAGUCAGAUCCUUCAAAGGGAGAGGGAGUUAAACACCACUCACAAAAAACCAACAACCAGUUGAAACAGAUGGAAGAUGUCAGUAAUGACACUUCACGGCUUGAAUCAGAGGAUUUUGUUAUCUGCCUAAAACCCAUGGAGCUUCUUGGUGAGAAGUGUGAACAGUCGGGAAUAUCUGUUAAACUGGAGUCCACAGGAUUAGCCGAUGAAAAAGUAAAAUAUUCAAGUGUUCAGCACCUGCUAUAUAGACGUUUUGCUCCUGAUAUUUCAUUCUAUGUCUUGUCUGAUAACAUCAAGUUACAUUCCCUUCAGCUGCUACCUAUUCACCAAACAGGUUUUCCUCCUGAUGGAAAAGGUUUGUCUCAAGAAAAAGAGCUGCUGAGUCUUUUCUGUUUCUUCUCAUUACCUCACGUGGGCUAUCUGUACAUGGUUGUGAAAUCUGUUGAGUUAAUGUCAGCCUAUUGGUAUCCUGAGAAGUCUCAGCAAGCAGUGCUCACACCACAGUUUUUGCACGUCAUCACAAGCCAAAGCCUGCAGUGUUUCACAGUGCGGUGCAGUGCAGCAGUGGCUCAUGAAGAGGACCUGUGCAUGGAUAAUACGUUGAAGGCUUGCCCACCUGUUACUAUGGAUGUGUGUGCUCUAAGAAUACAGCUUUUCAUAGGCUUGAAAGCCAUCUGUCAUUUUAAAAACCACAUCAUACUUCUGACCAAGGCAGACCCUGAAUCCAUUCCAGAGAGAAAAGAGUCACCCAAGAGGCUUCUUUCUAGAAAAGAUGCCAGUGUUAGGAGCAGAAUCCCUCCCAUAGCCGAGGCCGGAUGGAAUCUGUAUGUUGUGAAUACCAUUGCACCAGUUCAGCUAUACAAAGAAAUGGUAGACUACAGUAACACCUACAAGACUGUGAAAACCCAGAGCUGUAUCCACUUGCUCAGUGAGGCUCAUCUGCUAGUGAGAGCUGCCCUGAUGGAUGGCAGUCAGCUGGAGCCUGCAGAGAAAGCAGAGCUCUUAGAAGCAUUUAAAGAAAGCUGUGGGCAUCUUGGAGACUGUUACAGCAGGCUUGACACUGAGCAAUCCCACCUCGCCUUACCGUACUAUAAGAUGUCUGGUUUGUCUCUGGCUGAAGUUUUGACCCGUGUGGACUGGACAGGAGAGAGUGAAUCACAGAAAUAUGAGAGAGGAUUAUUAUUUUAUAUUAAUCAUUCACUUUAUGAAAACCUGGAUGAAGAAUUAAGUGAAGAAUUAGCAGCAAAAGUGGCUCAGAUAUUUCAUGUGGCUGAGCCGAAGCAACUGCCUCAUGUCCUCUGUAGUCCUUCUAUGAAGAAUAUCAGUCCUUUAACUGCCUUGCAUUAUUUAAAGAAUCUGGAUACUUGUGAAUUUUCACCAGUCUUAGUGACCUUGACCAAGGCAGCAAUGGCCUUGAAAAUGGGAGAUCUUGACAUGUACAGAAAUGAAAUGAAGAGCCAUUCAGAGAUGAAGCUGGUAUAUGGCUUCAUUCUGGAACCUCGGCUGUUAAUUCAACAGUGGAAAGGCCAGAUUGCUCCUACUGAACUUGCAAUUCACUUGAAGGAAACUCAGCCUGGAUUGCUUGUGGCUUCAGUCCUGGGCUUACAGAAAAAUGGUAAAAUUGGAAUUGAAGAAGCAGAUUCUUUCUUUAAGGUGCUGUGUGGAAAAGAUGAAGACACAAUUCCUCAGCUUUUGGUAGACUUCUGGGAAGCUCAGCUGGUAGCUUGUCUCCCAAACAAGGUACUUCAGGAACUCUUCUUCAAGCUUUUAUCUCAGUACAUCUGGAGAUUAUCCAAGAGGCAGUAUCCUGAUACCAUACCAUUGAGAACAGCAGAGGAUUUGAUAAAUGCCUGCAGUCAUUAUGGCUUCGUCUAUCCAUGGGUUCAUGUCUUAAUAUCAUCUGAUUCCUUAGCUGAUAAAAAUUACACAGAAGACCUUUUGAAACUACAGACUCUGUGGUGGAAAAAACUGCUGCCUGAACUUUGUCAGAAAGUCAAGUGUGGUGGAGAGAAACAUCAACUUUAUCUGUCAUCGUUAAAAGAAGCCUUGUCAGUUACUGCUAUGGGAUUGGACCUGAAGGAUUUCUUGAAUGUUCUCCCAGAAGAUGGUGCUGCAGCAUUUUUCCUGCCCUACCUCCUUUUUUGCAGCAGGAAGAAAUCACUGUCUUGAACUUAUCCUUUGCAACACAUAAGCAACUGCACUUUAAAUGUUCUGUCCCAGAUAAAAUGAGCCCAAAGGGUUCUGUGUUAAUGUGUAUUGCAGCUGCUUUAUGGUGCUUGUUUACCUUACCAUGUAAUGAUGGCUGUUCGCUUAAUCUAUAACCUGGACCCAUUUAUUAUCCAGAAUGUAAAAAAAAAAAAAAAAAAAAAAAAAAAAGCCAAACAAACAAAAAAAACCCCUUCAAAAUGUAAGAUCUCUUCACAUGUAUUUCCUUUUAUUUAUUUAUUUUUUAUUUUUUAUUUUUUAUUUUUUUUACUCUCUAUCCUAUGUGGGCCUGGAACUCAUUAUGAAUCUUGUGCUGACCUCAAUCUAUGCGAACCUCCCAAGCUUUACAGGUGUGAAAUGUCAUGCAGGUAUUUUCAAAACUGGACACAGACUUCUGUUGUGAGAAAUAUCAUGGAUUCAGUUCUGGGGGCAUGACAAUCCUAUCCACCCCAGAGUCAUUGGAAGAAACUACAUUGCAAGUAUGCACAAAUGCCCCUGUUGCUGGUCAAACAAUGUCUUCAUGGUUACAGAUUUUUCUAUUUGGGUUACUAUUUUGUUUUUUCAUGUAAGUAUGAGAAAGAUGUAAUGUUUCUCUCCAGUGAAAGACUGAAUACUUAGCUUUUGAGCUACUUUUGAAACUCAUGGUGUACUUCUCUCAGAAUUAAAUGAAUAUACUCAUCUGGCUGUUAACAUGACUUGUUGAGUUCACAUAUUUUCAGCCAAAGUCUUGUUUCUAUUCUUUAUAUGUAUAUACUCUUAUUCUUUCAAACACAGUAUAUGAGAAAAUUAAAAAAAAACUAUCAUGAUGUUCA